AGGUGGUUGCCCGCCCUACCAUUCACAGAUACCAAUUAAAACCACCCCAAUGGGAUGUCUUUAGCACAGCAACAAGGCUUCUGCUUGCCCAAAGUGAAAGCUCACCAAGGGUCUCUGGUAGUGGUGGCGAAUUUCCUCCUCUCAAGUGGAGACCUCUUUUCUCCUCUGUCUCCAAUCCCCUCCCCACCUCAAGGAAGGACGCCUUACAUGAGGGUGAGGUGGUGUUGAAUUUUGUUCAACAAGACGAUAAAUUGGAUCGCUCAUUGAGAGAUGGAGGACCUGGAAAGACCUCUACUAGGACCUGAAAACUUCCACCGGGAUGCGAUUGACCUGGAACGUUUGCCUUUAGAGGAAGUAUUUGAUCAACUGAGGACAACACGAGCAGGACUCACAUCAGCAGAUGGCGAGGCUCGCUUGCUCAUUUUUGGCCCCAACAAGCUUGAGGAGAAGCCGGAGAACAAAUUCUUGAAGUUUCUAAGCUUUAUGUGGAAUCCUUUGUCGUGGGUUAUGGAAGCAGCUGCAGUGAUGUCAAUUUGCCUUGCUAAUGGAGGAGGGGAGGCUCCUGACUGGCAAGACUUCGUCGGAAUUAUCUGUUUGUUGUUCAUAAACUCUACCAUUAGUUUUAUUGAGGAAAAUAAUGCUGGAAAUGCAGCAGCUGCCCUGAUGGCUCGACUCGCUCCAAAGACCAGGGUUCUUAGAGAUGGACAAUGGCAGGAAAAGGAUGCUGCUAUUCUGGUGCCAGGAGACAUAAUUAGCAUAAAACUUGGGGAUAUUAUUCCAGCAGAUGCUCGUCUGCUUGAGGGAGACCCCCUUAAGAUUGACCAGUCAGCAUUGACGGGAGAGUCCCUUCCAGUCACAAGGAAGACUGGCGAUGAGGUUUAUUCUGGGUCAACUUGUAAACAUGGAGAGAUUGAAGCUGUUGUAAUUGCUACUGGUGUUCAUUCCUUUUUUGGGAAGGCAGCUCAUCUUGUUGACACCACAGAGGUUAUUGGACAUUUUCAAAAGGUGCUUACAGCCAUUGGAAACUUCUGUAUUUGCUCAAUAGCUGUUGGAAUGAUCCUUGAAAUCAUAGUAAUGUACCCUAUCCAACAUCGUUCAUACAGAAAGGGCAUCAACAAUCUUCUUGUACUCUUAAUUGGAGGAAUUCCCAUUGCUAUGCCAACUGUGCUGUCUGUGACGCUUGCAAUUGGUUCCCAUAGACUCUCGCAGCAGGGUGCUAUUACGAAGAGGAUGACUGCCAUUGAAGAAAUGGCUGGAAUGGAUGUUCUUUGCAGUGAUAAAACUGGAACACUAACUUUGAAUCGUCUUACUGUAGAUAAGAAUCUUAUUGAGGUUUUCAACAAAGACAUGGAUAAAGAUACAGUGAUCUUGUUUGCAGCACGAGCUGCAAGGCUUGAGAAUCAAGAUGCUAUUGAUACAGCUAUUAUUAACAUGCUUGCUGACCCAAAGGAGGCACGCGCAAACAUCACUGAAGUCCAUUUCCUUCCCUUUAAUCCUGUCGACAAACGCACUGCAAUAACGUAUGUUGAUUCUGAUGGGAACUGGCAUCGUACAAGUAAAGGAGCCCCAGAGCAGAUCCUAAAUCUAUGCCAGGAGAAAGAUGAAAUUGCUGGCAAGGUCCAUGCUAUCAUUGACAAGUUUGCAGAACGAGGAUUGCGGUCCCUUGCAGUUGCUUAUCAGGACGUGCCUGAUAAAUCAAAGGAAAGUCCUGGAGGUCCAUGGACGUUCUGUGGGCUGUUGCCAUUGUUUGAUCCACCUAGACAUGACAGUGCUGAAACAAUACGUAGAGCACUUAAUCUUGGUGUUUGUGUGAAGAUGAUUACAGGUGAUCAGUUGGCAAUUGCAAAGGAGACUGGUCGUCGCCUUGGCAUGGGAACAAAUAUGUACCCCGCUUCAUCAUUGCUAGGACGUGACAAAGACGAAAAUGAAGUAUUACCUGUUGAUGAGCUUAUUGAAAAGGCUGAUGGCUUUGCUGGUGUAUUUCCUGAACAUAAAUAUGAAAUUGUGAAGAUCCUUCAAGAAAAGAAGCACAUAUGUGGAAUGACAGGAGAUGGUGUUAACGAUGCACCAGCUCUGAAGAAGGCAGAUAUCGGAAUUGCAGUAGCAGAUGCCACUGAUGCAGCUAGGAGUGCAGCUGAUAUUGUGUUAACAGAGCCUGGUCUGAGUGUCAUCAUAAGUGCUGUUUUAACUAGUCGAGCCAUUUUUCAGAGAAUGAAAAAUUACACUAUAUAUGCUGUGUCCAUAACCAUCCGUAUUGUGCUUGGCUUUGUACUUCUUGCGUUAAUUUGGGAAUAUGACUUCCCUCCUUUCAUGGUUUUGAUUAUAGCAAUUCUGAAUGAUGGGACUAUCAUGACUAUAUCCAAAGACCGUGUCAAACCAUCUCCAAAACCAGACAGUUGGAAGUUGAACGAGAUCUUUGCUACGGGCAUCGUCAUUGGAACUUACCUUGCACUUAUCACUGUGCUCUUUUACUGGGCUAUUACAAGUACCACUUUCUUUGAGACUCAUUUCCAUGUGCAUUCCUUGCAAGACAGCACUGAAGAGAUUUCAGCUGCCAUUUAUCUUCAAGUUAGCAUUAUAAGCCAGGCCCUCAUCUUUGUGACCCGCAGCCGAGGCUGGUCAUUUAUGGAGAGACCUGGAGUUCUCUUAAUGUGUGCAUUUGUGGUGGCUCAGCUGGUUGCAACGUUAAUUGCAGUUUAUGCACAUAUUGGUUUUGCUUCACUCAGCGGCAUUGGUUGGGGCUGGGCUGGUGUUAUUUGGAUUUACAGUGUCAUCUUUUAUGCACCUUUGGACAUUAUCAAGUUCACCAUCCGCUAUUGUUUAAGUGGAGAUGCUUGGAGUCUCCUUUUUGAAAGAAAGACUGCAUUUACCUCUAAGAAAGAUUAUGGAAGAGAAGACAGAGAAGUUAAGUGGGCAAUUUCGCAGAGAUCUUUAUAUGGAUUAUUUCCUUCUGAAUUAGAGACCAAUGGAAGCAAAAAUUCUAGUUCAACAUUAAUAGCUGAACAGGCUAGGCGACGUGCUGAAAUAGCCAGGUUGAGGGAGCUGCAUACAUUAAGGGGGCACGUGGAAUCUGUUGUUAGGUUGAAAAAUUUAGACAUAAAUACAAUUCAAGGAGCCUAUACUGUUUGAAGCUGUCAAUGAGGCACUCAUUAACCUUUAUGAGGCUUUUGUUGUUAUAGCUUUGUGAUCCUUGGAGCAUGGUGGAUAGUUCAAGAGUGAUGCAUCUCAAGGCUAAUUGAUUGGAUGAUAGAUAUUGGUCACAUUCACUUCCAUUCACUGCAACCGAUUCCCACUACUAAAAAUUUACAGGGGUGCCUUCAGCAUGUUGCAAAUUGCAUUUGAGCUCUUUCAUCUUUUUUUUCAGCGGGUAGUUUCCAUUUUCCCAUAAUUUUUGUUAAGCAAUGUCAAAUAUGAGCUUGUUACAAUAAAUGCUCUCAGUUUCGCAGAGCUGUGUUUUGGUAAAUGCAGGUACUUUUAGUAGGAUUUUGAUUCAA